AUCAACAACGCUUCGAAAAGCUGGUCGUUCAAAGAUGAUUGGAAAGCGAAAGAGAGAGACACAUGUUGUGUCGAGAUCUACGGCAUCAGAGGAUGAAGAAGCGACAACCACUACGAGGGACGAUAGUUCUAGCCAUGAUAUUUUCCGCAAAUUUUUCGAAGCUCAAUUUCAGCCAUUAGAAGUGCCUGAAACCCGCAUUACAGAGAUAUCCGAUGAUGAGCAUGGCGCUGACGAAUCCGAAGAAUCUGACCCUGAGUCUGAAUGGAGUGGCGUCUCAGAGGAUAGACAUGGGGAAAACAAGGUUGAGGUAGUCGAGCACCACGACUUGUCCGCCGUGGCUAAGGAGCCAAUGGAUAAGAGGGCCCGCAAAGCCUUUAUGACCGCGAAGCCGCCAUCCUUCUCUGUUAAACCGGUAGCUGUCAGGAGCCCCCCAAGCAAAGACGAGGAUGACGGCGAUGACGCCGCUAAUCUGAAGAAUGACCUUGCACUACAACGGCUUUUGAAGGAAUCUCAUCUUCUCGAGUCAUCAUCGGAUCUUGCGCCGACCGGUAAAAAUCGACUAAAAGCUCUCGACUUGCGGAUGCAAUCGCUUGGAGCCAAGGCAUCUCUAUACCAUCAAAAUAUGCCGUCAUCGCACCGAAGAGGUAUCAAAGCUAAAGCUGAGAAGAAGGAUGAUAAACGUCGACGGGAAGCUAGAGAAAACGGAAUCAUUCUCGAGAAACCCGCACCUAAAACGAAACCCAGCACCGGAAGACGGGAGCGUGGCGUCGGGGGACCCUCUAUCGGAAAGUUUGCAGGGGGUACUCUGAACCUGAGCAAGCGAGAUUUAUCUGCCAUUCAAGGCCCACGACGGUCUGGUAAAGGCAAGACCAGAGGGCGCCGUUAAUGGACAGCAAGCAGUGCUGAUAGGCAAUUCCAUUAAGGAAUUACCUGCUACACCGGAACAUUUUCGGAACUUCUUCGUUGAAAUAG